AUGGGCCACCAAAGAAUUAGCCCACCUCACGAUCCGCUCGCCCACGUUGACCCCCUGAUCGGCUCGCAGGCUGGCGGUAAUGUCUUUGCCGGCGCAACGCUGCCCUAUGGUCUGGCCAAGGCCGUCGCCGACGUUGACGGCCAAAACACGGGUGGCUUCGGCAGCGAUGGCAGCAACGUGACGGGCUUCUCGGCCGCGCACGACAGCGGCACCGGCGGCAACCCGAGCCUCGGCAACUUUCCCCUCUUCCCGCAGCUUUGCCGUGACGACGUCCUCGAUGGGUGCCUGUACCGCUUGGACGAGCGCAAGGUGCACUACGUCAACGAGUCGGUCCGGGCGGCGCCGGGGCGCUUUGCUAUCGGGCUGGCAUCGGGCAUCCAUGCGGAUAUGACAGUAUCGGAGCACGCGGCACUGUACCGCUUCACGUUUCCGGAAGGCGACGUCCCCGGCGCGCACCCGCACCUUAUGCUGGACCUGACGGACUUGUGGAAGAGCCGCCAGAACGCGUCGAUUCGCGUUGACGCCGACACGGGACGGAUGACGGGCAACGGCACGUUUCUGCCGAGCUUUGGCGCCGGCUCAUACGUGAUGCACUUUUGCGUCGACUUUUUCGGCGCGCCAGUCCACGACACGGGCGUGUGGGUCAACAGCCGCGCCGGCACCGAGCCCAAGACGCUGUACGUCACGCGCGGUUUCAACCUGUUUUACGUGGAAGCGGGCGGCUGGGUGCGCUUCGCGCCACAAGAUGGCGCGAGCCGUACGGUGACGGCGCGCGUGGGCCUCAGCUUCAAGAGCAGCGAGCAGGCCUGUCACAGCGCCGAGACGGAGAUUGGGCGGCCGCUGGAAGACUUUGAUCGGCUGGUGGGCGAGGCGCAGGACAAGUGGCGGGAGAAGCUGAGCCCGAUCCGGAUCAAGAGCGGCGGCGCGAGCGAGGACUUGCAGAAGAGCUUUUGGAGCGGAGCGUACCGCAACAUGAUUGCGCCGCAGAACUACACGGGCGAGAACCCGCACUGGGACACGGGGCGGCCUUACUUUGACUCGUUUUACUGCAUAUGGGAUGCGUUCCGCGUGCAGCACCCGUUCCUGACGGUGGUGGACCCGGCCGCGCAGGCGCAGAUGGUGCAGACGCUGCUCGACAUGUACCAGCACGACGGCUGGCUGCCCGACUGCCACAUGUCGCUGUGUCGUGGCUGGACGCAGGGCGGCUCCAACGCCGAUGUCGUCCUCGCCGACGCCUUCCACAAGAAUCUGUCAUCGUCGUCGGGCGGCACAAUCGACUGGGACCUGGCCCUGCGCGCCGUGCUCGCCGACGCCGAGGACGAGCCGCUCGAGUGGUCGGUCCACGGCCGCGGCGGCCUGCGCAGCUGGAAGGCGCUCGGCUACAUCCCAUACCUCGACUACGACCCGUACGGCUUCGGCACCAACUCGCGCAGCGUCUCGCGCACGCUCGAGUACGCGUACGACGACUACUGCGUGGCCACGCUGGCGGGCGGCCUCGGCAGGCGUGAUCUCGAGGACAAGUACCUGCGGCGCAGCACGAACUGGGUGCGCCUGUGGAAGGCGGACCAGCGGUCGUCGAUCAAUGGCUCGGACACGGGCUUUGCGGGCUUCUUCCAGCCGAGGUAUGCCAACGGCACGUGGGGAUAUCAGGACCCGAUUGCCUGUUCGGCGCUCGCGGGCUUUUGCUCGCUGACGACGAACCCGAGCGAGACGUUUGAGGCCAGCAUCUGGCAGUAUCUCUUUUACGUCCCGCACUCGGCUGCGGCCCUCAUUGACCUUGUCGGCGGCGACGACACCUUCAUCCAUCGCCUCGACUACUUCCACACGGUCGGGCUGGCCGACAUUUCCAACGAGCCCGUCUUCCUGACCGUCUUCAUGUACCACUACGCCGGACGCCCCGCGCUGUCCGCGCGCCGCCUGCACACCUACAUCCCCUCGUCCUUUAACGCCACCCCCGGCGGCCUGCCCGGCAACGACGACUCGGGCGCCAUGGGCUCGUUUCUGUUCUUUUCCGUGCUCGGGUUCUUUCCCGUCGCCGGGCAAAACGUGUACCUGAUUACGCCGCCGUUUUUCCAAGAGAUUAGUAUUACGAGCCCGCAGACGGGCAAGACGGCGACGGUGCGCAUCCGCAAUUUUGAUCCAGCGUAUACGAACCUGUACGUGCAGCGCGUGACGGUCAAUGGGAAGCUGUGGACAAGGUCGUGGAUUGGCCAUGAGCUCUUUACAGAGGGCUGGACGCUGGAGAUGGAGCUGGGUGAGGAGGAGUCGGACUGGGGGUCCAGGAUGGAAGACCGCCCGCCGAGCUUUGCAUUUCAAAUGUAG